UUCCUGUUUUUAGCUGUGCCAAAAGAAAACCACCGCAAAGAGAGAUUUGCAACAACAUUUUUUUGCUUGUUCAAUUGAUUUCAGAGAGAUUGCGAAGAAGAAGAAGAAGAAGAAAUGUGGGAAUCGGUUUUCUUAACAUUGGUAGCAACAGCGGGUAAUAACAUAGGCAAAGUUCUACAAAAAAAGGGUACUGUUAUUCUCCCUCCUCUUUCCUUCAAGCUCAAGGUGAUAAGAACAUAUGCUGUUAAUAAAUUAUGGGUGAUGGGAUUUCUGAUGGAUAUUGGAGGUGCCUUAUUGAUGCUGAGAGCAUUAUCUUUGGCUCCGGUAUCUGUCAUUCAACCGGUUUCUGGCUGUGGGCUUGCCAUUCUUUCGAUCUUUUCAUUUCUCUUCAUGAAGUAUUAUUACUGGAUGGGGAUUACAUUAGCUGGUAUUGGCACCAUAGGCGUUGGGGCUGGUGGAGAGGAGCAAGAGUCUUCAGAAGUAUCGAUUUUACAGCUACCAUGGUUGGCAUUCAUUGUCGUGAUCGUAUUUGUACUCCUAAAUGGGUGGCUUCGCUUCUACAAGCGUCAGCGGAGAGAACAAGAAUUGAUAGAGUACGAAGCUGUUGAAGAAAUCAUAUAUGGCUUGGAAUCAGGAAUUUUAUUUGGAAUGGCAGCAGUGAUAUCAAAAAUGGGAUUUGUCUUUGUGGAGCAGGGUUUCUCCAAAAUGUUGAUUCCUCUUUGCGUCUCAAUUAGCGUCUGUUGCAGUGGCACUGGAUUUUUCUACCAGACACGUGGCCUAAAGCAUGGUCGAGCUAUUAUCAUCUCUACAUGUGCUGCUGUUGCAUCAAUCGUGACCGGUGUACUUGCCGGUAUGCUUGCAUUGGGUGAACAGUUGCCCUCAUCGCCAACUGCCCGACUUUCACUUCUUCUUGGAUGGCUAUUUAUCAUGUUGGGUGUGAUAUUGCUUGUGAGUUCAACAAGACUGAUGCGACACCUUCCAUGGUCAUUGCGGAAUUUAAAACCCAGUGGAGCAGAACGGAAUUUCAGUCUCAGGCGAACAGCGUCUCAUCGAGUCAAGGACCCAAGUCCAAGUGCUGUUAUCCCAACAGCGACAUUGCACCAUCUGAUAACAAGUAAGGAGAAGGCAUAAGUGAAGAAAACAGAAGCUCGUUGCACAUGCAUAUUCGACAUUGGAACCAUAUUGAAUAUUCUCUAAGAAGGUUUCGAGUUUGUUACAGGUCACUAUCAACACAACACAGACUCAAGGGUUAGGAUUGUAGCCACUAGCAAUUCUGAACACUUGCUGGCAAUGACAUCAUGUUAGAA